CAUGCCGGUAGGACAUGCGGCCCCUCACAAUAAUAUAGAAUAUAAAGAUAAUAAACAGUCCUCUUCUGCUUUGAAUACUGUAUAUAAAGUGAGUAUAGCUCUAGGUGGACACUUUAACGGGCUUGACUCCUGCGGUGGAUUUCCACGCCCAGCUGUGCUCCCCUUGAGUCGGAUGAAAUCGUCCAGGCAGCCGUUCAGAUAAGAUCAGUCCUUACAUCCAUGGUGGUGCAGCUAGCUGAUGGAAAGGAAGGCCAGCAAACAGCUCAAUAUGGUCUCCAGGCUGCCCAAGUUUACUUCUCGCUCCUCAGCUACCACCACAAACUCCCUCCCCCAAGGAUCUGCCCUCCCUGUCUCCUCUUUGGGGUGUAAAGGUGCACCUCAAGGGCGGCACACUAUUUUGACACGAGUGCCAUCACUGAAGUGGAGAAAGGGCGAAGAGGACAGUGGAAAUAAAGUUCAACAUUCUGACAGCUUGGAAGAGGAGACAAGUGUAGCUAUAUGUCCCCCUGUGGUUAAAAAGACAUCUCACACAGAUGCGGUUAAAUUAAAGAGUGUAGUCCCCACUGCACAAAGUUGUAGCCCAAGGGCUAUAUCCCAGCCCAGCAAAACCUAUCCCCGAAUGACUGCUCCCAAACGCCUCUCCGCAGGGCAUGCCCUCUAUAAUGGCACCACUACUCUGAAAGUCAGUGGUGUUAAUGGACGUUGUGGGUCUGACCCCUCAGGGUCUGGUCUGGAACAUUCAUUCCAACAAAGAAGCCUGGAGAGCACACUGUCCCUAUCCAACGAUAGCCUCAAGUCAGCCUCUAAAGAGAACAUAGUGCGCUCGCUGAGUUUGACCCACUUCAAGAGGGUAGCAUCCCCCACCGACCUUCCAAUGACCCGUUCCUUUUCUUUUAACAAAGCUUCAGAGCUGGCUAAAGAGCUUCCAAGAACCUUAGCACAAUCUCCAGUGGCUAGGUCAGCCGUCAUUAAGCCAAAUCCGCUAUUAUCUGAAGGUAAAGUGAGCAAGUAUGGGAUUGCAAGGCCGUCUGUAACUACAAGUAGUGGGCCUUUGCCAAAAGGUACAAUAAAGAAAUCCCUUUUACCCAGCUUCUCGAGUAACAAGUCCUCAGCACUCAGCUACAGACUGACACGUCCAUCACUCAUCAAGUAUCCUCGUCCUGUUAUAGCUGGGCCUGACCAGAAUGAAGCAGAAUUGAGUCAAAAGGUCAAAGACCCUACACAGGUAGCAGAAACCAGUUCAGAGGCAACUAGCAAUGCUGAAAGUGCAGACACUACACCGGAUGAGACCCCAUCUGAAGCAAAGGAGAUAGAUCACGGUCUAGGCCCUUCCUUGGAGAACAUGUCACUAUCAUCCACCUCCUCCCUGGAGCACAACGACACUAGUGAGGAGUACAUUGAUGACUUUGAUAAUCUCGGGAACGGAGGCGAGAUCUUGCUCUUGCCUGUCCACCAUGAUGGGUUAGACCACUUAGGACUUUGUGAGGAUGACAACGCUCUAAUUGCUGAGUGCAGUGAGUCGUCACCGGUGACCAGCUUGCACAGCUUCCUGUCUGAAACGGUUGAUUGGGCAGGGAUGGGCCUCACAGCUGGUAAAGAUGGCUUUGAGCAUGAGAAUUUGGCUGCUGUUGGUGAUUUUCAUCACGGCUCGUCUCUGGACCUGUCUCCCUCGGUCAGCUCUGGUGGAACCUACAUGUGGGAUGAAGAGGGGCUGGAAGCACUGGGUGGAUCUGGACAUCUGUGUGGGAGUUUUGACUCUGAUCUCAACAGCAUGGACAUUCUCAGCAACCUGGAGAAUGUGGAGUCAUGUGACCUGGGGGACGAUGACCUCAUAAUGGAUUUGGAUCUGUCUGAAGAUGCAUCCUUACACAGCAACACUGAUGGGAUGUUACCGUACCAGUGCUCUGAAACAGGCGGUCGGCUGAAUCAGAGGAGGACGCGACUGCAGCGCUGGGGCCUUCAUGAUCAGUUCCGCUGUGAAAACAGAAGUGGAGGUCUGCAGACAUUUGAUGGCUGUCAGGGACAGGGGUCACAGAGGUCGCGGUCAGAUCUUGUGAGGCUGGAUGAGUUGACUCUGAAACACAUGGCUGAAGACUGCUCCUCUGUCAAACUACAGCUGCUUCAGCUGCAGACCCUGCUACAGAUGGAGGUAGAUGGUUCAGCUGAAGACACUUCAGAUGCUGCAGAUACCCCAGAAUCUACUGAACAAUCUUUACUUGACCAAAAGGUGAUGAUGCUCCUGAGAGAGGUUGAAGAUCUGAGAACUGAACUCGGAAGCAAAGACAGAAUGAUCACUGAACUCUCACAGCAGCUGUGUUCUCCAGUGGAGGUCCUGCAAUGUCAUUGCCAGCAGAGCUCAGAGGGUCACAGGGGGUCAGAGGAGCACCUAGACAAGAGUACUCAAACACCAUGGAGAGCACAUAAUCCUCAGAUACUACAGGCUCCCAGAUUAUUGCCCAGCAAGCUUCUCAACCACAAAAGACUUUCAAGGUCAACCCCUACAGAGGCCCCUUGUGACAAUGUGGAUGCCCAGCCUGGUCACCGCCCACUGACACCCCAAUCCUGCUCUACAGACAUGCAAAGUCCCAUUACUGUUGAGUCCAGCCCAAACUGUACUGUACCAAUGGUUCCUAUUCCUGCUGAUAGCAUUACUGCCUCCUUGUCAAGAACUUUGCAGAAAUCUGAUCCUGAUGAGCUCAUCCUCACAAGCAGUGACCUUUCAAUCAGUGAGACGGCAAACACAACAGCUUCUUGCAGCCUUGGCUUGAGGCUGGAGAGAGGUUCCCAAAAACUCCCAUUAGGAAGAAGUAGGUUUUCGACUCUACAACCACCCAGCUUCACCAAGAGGGCUUCAAAUCUCAUCAAUCCUGAGGAAGUACAUCGGGUCAGCAUGCUCUCAGGAGGAACUUCAGGUCCAUCCAGGAUAAGACGUCAGCCCAUGCAAGCUCACGGACUACCCUGCAUCAGCCCCGCCCACCAAGCAACCAUUCCCACCACCACUGUAGCACCGAUAUAUAACCAACAAAAGGAAGGGGUCAGACAGUCUCCUCACACAGAUAUGGAGAUCAGUUUUCCCAGAGCCUCUGCACUCUUCCAGCCCAAUCAUUCCCGCCUUCCCAAGGCCAAGCGCACACAACAAGACUGAAGGUCAUCGCUCUAUACACAUUUAGA